CAAUGUCAUGUGUACAACAUCCAAAAACUUGCAUCACUAUACUGAGAGCUUUGCCGUUUCUAAAAGGACGUAUUUGGUUGUUUUUGGUGCCAAUGUUAAUGUUUUUUUCAGGGCCCCCAUACUAUACAACGAGGACGAAGAAGUGAUUUGCUGUUUGGCUGCCUCCGGUCCUCUACCAUUACCAACUGAAGAUGGCGGCGUCAGGAACCACAGCCCCCCGUCGCCUUGUCCAGUAUGUUGUGGUCCGGUCAGAUCUGGUCCAUACGUUGGCCUGGCCAUUAGGUGCGGUUAUAACGCAAGCCUGCCAUGCUGCCACCGCCGCCAUUCAUCUAAACUACAACGACCCAGACACGCAGGAGUACCUGGCAGAACUGGACAGCAUGCACAAAGUGGUGCUUCAGGUAGCUGGGACUGGGGCUCUGGACCAGGCCUCCCUCUCCAUCCUGUCUGAGACGCUGACAGAGAAUGGGGUGGCCCACAAGCUGUGGAUUGAGCAGCCAGAGAACGUCCCCACCUGCCUGGCCCUGAAGCCUUACCCCAAGGAGACUGUACAUCCUCUGCUGCACAAGUUCAAACUGUUCAAAUGACACAGAGGGACAAAGAGAGACCCCUGUAAUAUGCAUUUGGUGAAUGGAGUCUGUACCAUGGCUUCAUACCAGUUAAUAUGAUGGUCUUCUUUUUGGUUGACCUGUGCAUCUUGGUGAUGCUGAAGGGGGAAGAACCAGCAUUCAGUGUCUGUGCUUCAAAUUCACAAGGAAGAAUCUCACUCUGAUAAGCACACAGUAACAAGGAGACAUCAAUCACUGAACGCUGCCAUUAAAUGGCCAUUUAAAGAGUAGAUGUCUGUCCACCUAAUUUGAUGUGGCCACGUGUCUUGUGAUUCAAUUAAAUGGUGAACAGGUUAUGUAAGGUCUUUUUCUAGCUGCUGAUGAGUGGAAUCUGUUUACAAACAUACAAGAUGCAUUAAACAUGAUCAAUUAA